ACCGGAGAUUAAUAACACGGGCGUCUCGGUUGGAGUUGAGCUGCAGAGGGCGGGAGCGAGGCAGAAGAGCGCAGGACGGUUGCGGUGACAGCAGACGAAGGACUGACAGUGGCGAGAUGAGGAGUUAGAGCGCUGAGUGGGAGGAAGAAAGAGUGGGAAUAGGAGGCAGUGCAGUGCAGAGCGAGGGAGAGAGAGAGAGAGAGAGAGAGAUGUAGAGACAAGAACGUCUCUCUGCCGUGAGACGCUGAAGGGCUGCAGGAGGAGACGGAGGUCCAAAAGAGGAGGAAGCGAAGGCUUUAGGUUGGAGGCAAAAGUUGUGGGAAAAGAUCCCAGAUCGAGGAGUUAGUUGUUGGCAAAAGUGGGAGGGAAUUUAUGGAACGGGAACCUCGUGGUGGUGGACAUCGUUGGUCAGCAUGUUCUCUGACAGCAGAGCUCCGGCGGAGCACCGAGCCUUCAAGCCGCACGCCCCUCACUUCAUCCCGUGGCUGCGCAACAGUCUCAAGUCCCAGCGUGCCGCCGCCGCCGACCUCGGGCUCGGCAGCGCGUACAAAUCCAAUCCCGAGCUCCACCACAACUCGGCGCCCCUGGAGCGGACCAGAGGGAUGGGGAUCUUCUCCAUCCCGGGCAAGAACAAGGCGAAGAAGAGCGAGCCACGCUGCAAUGGCGCCGGGGUGGCCAGGAUGCUGCCGGCGGUGCUGAGGGGGCAUCACAUCCUGGGCAAGAUGCAGAAGGACGCCGGCAGCCCCGCCAAGUGCCACCGUGACGAGUCCCCGGUUAAGAAACAGGCGCCGCCCCCUUCCCCUGCUCUUCCGACCGAGGCGCCGGUCUGCGUGGAGGAGCGAAGGGCGGACGUUUGGGACUACACGAUUCACCAACGAGACCUGCAGUCGUCCGUCUGGCUCAGUUCGAACCCCCGGGGACCGAAAGACGUGGUCAGAUCCAGCUUCGGCUACAUCCGCAGGAACUGCCAGAGCCAGCGAGACCUGACUGUGCUCAGGGAAGCGCCACCUGUGGAGGGAGUCAACGGAGUCGUCUUCUCCGCCGAGGUUCCUCGCGCCGCUUUGGGUUUCACCACGACUCUACGAGGACCGGGGAAACGCGGCUCCAAACGCGUCCCGCCGGGGUGCCAGAGCCAGAACGGGGGGGUCCGCCACCGAGCAAAGAGCGAGGAGGAAGCCCAGGGGCCGGCCUGCAGCAGGAAAGUGGUACGCAGGCAGCUCAAGAAGGUGAUGGACAACCUGGAGCAGGUUCUGACCGCGCUCAGGGAUGUUCAGCAGGAAAUGAAAGAGGUGGUGCAGCAGAUUGACUACCUGACGUCCUGCGUAGACCUGGAUGACCAAGACCCGCACCACGAGACCAGCUCCUCGUCAGGUUCCAGCUCCGACGAGGUGACGGUCAUCAGCGCGCAUCCCUGGGCCUCACAGUCUGAAGACCGCCGAGGGACCACCCUGAGGAGAGGCCCGCCCAACGGGGGUAGACCUCCACCGCUUGAGUCGCGGUGCCAGCGGAGCGUCAGCGCAAAGACCCUCGGGAGUCCUCCCAAACGAGGAGGGCUUCUGACCUUGGUCCAUAAUGCCGAGUCGUCAUCUUUGUCCCCUCAAAGAAGCCUCCCUGUCAGGCCCCCCACCCCUGGAUUGUCCCCGCUGACCGUGAACCACCAUGCGCCCGGCAGCCCCUCGUCCUCCGUCAUGAUCAGCCCCAUCUCCCCCGUCUCCCCGAGGCCUCACGCCACCGCCGUCCUCUGCCCAUCUGUCGUCGUCGACCGCCCGCCGACCGUGCGAAUCUGUCCGCCCGCGACGCGCUGCCAUCCCUCUGCCAGCUGCCCGCCCACGGACUCGGAGACGUUGUCCCACGGCGAAGGAGAGAGACGGGCGUCGUCGACGGGGCCUCCUCUCGCAGCGCCCGCCAAACCGGGGCAAGGCCGCAGGGGUCGCAAGCCUCCGCCGUACCCUCACCACAGAUUCUCGCAGCCCAGCAACGAGCCCCGCGAGGCUCCGCCGUACCCCGAGAGGAGAAGACUGCUGUCAACCACCGUGUGAGACGCCACCGCCGCUUCAAAACAUGCCGGGGCGUUUCAAGGCUGGCCGAGCUGAGCUGAGCAAGGAGCAAGGUUCCGAGGUGACAGGACGUCGACUUGGCCUUUUGUCACCUGGUUGUGGUUGACUUCCUGCCGGGACCCCCGAGGGACACCUGGAGAUACUCGAUGAUUCCUCAAGCGGCAAAGCAAAGAAGCAGAACACACACACACACACACACACACACACCAGUGGAAUUGUGUGUGUGUGUGUCACCAGUGGAAAGGAGGCGUGUCCACAACAAUCGCUCAGGGAGAAAACAAAAACAACAAAAAAGUGUUUCCUUCCCCGUGCCUGAGUUCAUGUUGUCACCACUUUGUUCAAACACUUUGGGACUUUUUUUUUUUUUUUUUUUUUUCAACCGUGGUGUGUCUCCAUGGCAACGAGUGGUUGAAAUGUGCGGCAAGAAAAUAAAGAGAAGGAAAGCAAAGUGGUUGUCGUCCUUCAAUGCUGCUCAACAUGGAGGUGUGUGUGUGU